CAGUUUUGCACGGCGUUGAAGCAGAAGGUGAACUUUUGAACUUUCUCCUCCGCUGUACCCCGGAGUUUGAGCGCUAGCUUCGAAGCUGCAGCGUGCGGAUCCGCCGAGCCAACCUAUCGAGGAUGAAUGUGGACCAGGAGGUGGAGAUUCCAGUCACUACUGUGGAGACUGUCAUUACUACCACUGCGGAGGAUGUCCCUGUCAUUGAGACCACUGUAGAGGAGACCACAGAGACGACGAACAGCCCUCUGGGACUAUCUCCGCCGGCCGGGUCUAGCCAGACUCUCUGCCACGUGUGCGGAGACACCGCCUCCGGAAACCACUUCGGCGUCCUCAGCUGCGAGGCGUGCAAGAGUUUCUUCCGCCGCAGCAUCCGAGCCAGCGCCCGCUAUGCCUGCCGCGGGAGCCGAACCUGUGCCAUAGAGAAACACACUCGGAACCGCUGCCAGUACUGCAGACUGCAGAAGUGCAUGGACACAGGAAUGAGGAAGGAAGCUGUACAGGAAGAGCGCACGCCUCAGGGCGCCAAGCUGCAGAGAGCCACGACGCCCCAACCCCUCGGAUUCUCCAAUACACUCAACCUCAUGCCCCCCAGCAUCCCUUACUUCCCUCCAAACUUUGACACGCCCACCAGCCCCAUCCCUCGAGUCCUCUCCCAGGCCAGCCGAAUGUACGGAUCCCUCCCGAAUCUCAAGAUAGAGUUUGAUCGCCAGCAGUCCAGUAAUCCCAUGGGCAGCGGUCCGGGAAUGAUGCUAGGCCGACCUUUCACCCCUCCCGGCGAGACGGGCAACAGUCAACUGAGUGUCUCGGUCCUGGUGAAUGCGGACAUGCAGAGCGAAGGUCCUCCGGAGGAGAUCCUCAUGUCAAACACCAGUCUCAAGUUGGAAGAUCUCUUUGAAGGAUUCCGCUCUUCGCUACUCAAAGUCAUUGAGUGGGCAAAAAGGAUCCCGGCUUUCGUCAACCUGAGCCUGGACGACCAGGUGAAGCUGCUCAAGGCCAGCUGGUGCGAACACUGCACCCUCAAACUCGCCUCACGCAACGGGCCCAAGUCCGACACCAUUCUCCUGAGCCAUGGGCUCUCGGUGAAACGUGACGCAGUGGAAGAUCCGGAGGUACGCCGGGUCCUGCACCGAGUCUUCAACGAAGUCGCCUACUGGCUCGACUACCUCAACGUGGACCGCGUGGAGAUAGCCUGUCUUCGAGGAAUCAUGCUGUUUAAUCCUGACGCCAAAGGACUCAGCCCUGCCUCCAGAAAGAAGGUCGAAAUCUACCAGGAGCAGAUCCUGCAGAGCCUUGAGACACGCACCAAGAGCAUCUACCCAGUCUCUCCUCAGAGGUUCUCCAAACUCCUCCUGCGCCUCGCCCCUCUCAAAGCCAUCGCUCUCGAGGUGAUGCAGCACAUGGAGGUCCAGCGAGCCCUCGGGAACACCAAGAUGGACAAUUUGUUUGGUGAACUCCUAGAUUUCGAGUGAAAGUGUCUCCCUCUUGACCGUAUGCAUCACCUUAUUUCAUCAGACACACAAACACUGCAUCCCUAUCUGUCACCGCUGUUGUGUAUCGUAUGUAGAGUCUGGAAUCUGUCUCGUGUGUAACCGUAUGGGUUUUGUUGUCUAAAGCACUUUAAUAUUUAUUUGUAAACCCCUUUUCUGUCUCUUCCUUCUGUGUAAUUUGGAAUUUGUACCACUGUGAAUUGCUAUCAUUUCUCUAUGGAUCUAAACACCUGCUAUUGUGGCUGCAGAUAUCAUAAGUAUACUAAAAUUCUCAGUUUAAAACAAAUUUUACGGGGUGGUAAUCAUUGGCUCCGUUCCAGAAAGCUCGGGAAUGCAUCUGGUGUGAUCGAGUUUCAACUCUGACCUCAUUAUAGUAAUGGAGAAUAAUUCAUUUUUUGGAACAGAUACGUAGAAUCGUACUAUGACGUCAUAAGCGCGUGUGUUCCAGCUGCUUCCAAUGAAUUCAUUUAGCAGCUGGCAUUGCAAACACACACACAAA